AUGCUGAAAAGUUAUGCUGGAAAUCCCGCCUCCUCUAACCAAGAUUCCAUACCCCCUCUAGGGAUCACAACAGAAUCUGGUCCUCCUCUUGGUUUCACACCUAUACACAUCUCUGCUCGUUCUUCGAUACCUCAAGAAGCUCGAUGUCAUGCAUAUGUCAGCAAUGAGAAUCAACAACAACAAAUGGGAUCCACAUUCCUAAAUAGCUAUCAGUCUGUUCCAGGAAGGUGGCGUGACGUAGCCACACAGGUCCAACCCCCUUUACUUGAAAAAGAAGCUACUGUAAUUUUUGUCAACAACACCUUGAAGGCUCCGUACUUAGGGCAUUUACUUGAAAAUGCCACCAAAAACUUUGUUAAUCUAGUUAUCUCAGGGGAGCUCAUCGAGAACGCUAUAAAGAGUGGCAAGAUCGAGGCAGUUGAUGGGUCCAGUUCAAAAAAACCAGUAUACCGGAAAAAAGAAAACGAAGUUAAUAAUGCAAAUGUAUAUAACAAGAAUACUUCAAAAAGUGUCACAAUAACCCAACCAAGAGAUGAAAGGAAUGACACGAGCACCGCCAGAAAUGAUUCCAAGGGACCUCGCAAGGAGAAUGAGAGAAUGUCCUUCACACCACUACCAGUACCCUACUCUGAGAUAUACGCCUCGUUAUUAAAGGCGGAUGUGGUGCGCCCUUAUCGUUUGACUCCUCUGCAACCACCGUACCCUCAUUGGUAUGAUGUAAAUGCAUAUUGUGAUUACCACGAUGGAAUUACUGGUCACUCUAUUGAGAACUGUUUGGCCUUCAAAAAAGUUGUGCAAAAUCUGAUUAAUACUGGGGGAUUGCAAUUUGAUUCACCUGAUGUAUCGACACACCCACUACCGAAUCAUGGAGGUAAAGGUGUGAACGCAGUCUAUGAGGAGAAUAGGAAAAAAACGAAGACAGAUGUUGAUGAAAUCAAAUCUCCCUUCAUUUGGGUGUUUCAACAACUUUAUCAUGUCGGCAUGGUUCAACAAGAUCUUAACUCAAAGCCCAAUGAAUGUGAAAAUUAUUGUGAAUAUCACCAAGAAGAAGGACACAAAAUUCAACUUUGCCCUGAAUUUAGGGGGUUACUACAAAAGUUGAUGGACAACAAAGAAAUAGAAUUCUUUGAGAAAGAUGAGGAAAAAGAGGAGAAGAUAUACCCACAAGGUACCUUGGAACUACACUGCCAAUGUUUCAAUGAUAAGGGGAUCUGGUUCGCUAGAGGAAACAAAUUUACUAAAGAAAAUGAUAAAACACCAGGAAGCAGCUUGAAGAAUGAAAUAGUGAGUGAAGUAGGGCACUUUACAAAAAGUGGAAGGUGUUACUCUCUUGAAACAUCAAAAGAAGCAGACAAGGGGAAAUUAAAAGGAAAAGCUACAGUGGUACCGCAAAGGAUAUUUAAUGAUGAGCCCCUGCCACUAAUCAAUGAGUCGGUAACUGAAGCACAAGCACAAGAAUUCUUGAAAUUCUUAAAACAUAGUGAGUAUAGUGUAGUAGAGCAGCUACAUAAGCAACAAGCACGAAUUUCAAUUCUGGAUCUGUUAAUGAAUUCAGAAGUACAUCGGAAUGCUCUACUUAGAGUGCUCAAUCAAACAUUUGUUCCUGAGGAUAAACAGUGA